AUAUAUAUAUAUAUGUAUACAUGUGUACAGAGACAUGUUCCAUCUUUCACAUGAGCACAUAUCGCUACAUGUCUAUUGCCAAUUGUUACAUUCACUAAAUUAUGGGAAGAACCUACCCAGCACCUAUUAAGAACUGAGACAACAUAUCUUUGUUCUGAAUUUAAUCACAAAACAUUCUACAGAACAUCAAACCUUAAAGUACUCUCAUUACUUUAUUAGCAUCCUUUUAUGGCUAAAAAAUAAUCACAAUUAAUACUUUGAAAUUCAAAACAUCAAUUAUAUAAAGACAAAGUUGAAACGUAAUUGAAAUAACAGAAAAAAAAGAAAAGAAAAAAAAGGACUUAGAAAGUUUGGGAUUUUUGGAUGUUCUCAUUUAAAUACAAGUUUCUAUCCCACAUUGUUAUUAUUCUCCUAAAUAUAACCAAAAAUUUUAGUUAAUAAUUAUUAUUAUUAUUAUUUGCAAUGCCGUCAAAGCGAGUAAAGUUUUCAUUGACCAAACCAACAUUAUUGUAUUCCAUGGCCCGCAUCAAGCCCUGGCUACCAACAUUUAAAUCCUUGCUGCUUGGACCCCUCCAACCACUUUCCAACGGCCAAUUGGUCAAAGUUCUACUCCUGCUGGUUAUUGUCCAAGUUUCUACAUGUUUGCGUGUUUGUUUGACACUCAAAGAAAUCAGUGAUUCACAGAAUACGGAUGCAUUUUUCGAAACCUAUUCCUUGCGCAGAGAAAGGUGUGAAAAACUGUGCAUGAGACGUUCUGCGUGCCAUUCGUUCUCGUACAAUCCUAACCAAACACACUGCAAACUAUCAUCCAAGAUCCCGGUUGCUAAUUAUGAAAACGUAACGAUUACAACACACUCACCUUGUGCUUAUCACCCUUGUGCUGCAGAUGAAGUGUGUGUAAACGAAAACAGGUCCACUUUUUGUUUCCCAUUGGAUAUUGACUGUGGAUACCCUUUGCAAUAUAGCAAUAUGGUCCAUUAUGAUGUUCCUAGCACAAAAUACUUGAAUGAAGUUCACUAUUUCUGCAAAGUAGGCUAUACAUUUACAGCGGGAAUAACAAUUGCAACUUGUCUUUUAAGUGGAAACUGGUCCGCUGUGCAUGCAGAAUGCCAACCAAUCGAAUGUGGAAUUCCUGCUAUUAUACCAAAUACUAGUAUGUCUGUUGAUGGAGCGACCGUCAAUGCGAGUGAUGUCCCUCACUCUUACCUAAGUGAGGUGACAUAUCACUGUCUUGAAGAUUAUGUCAAAAUAAAUGGCUCUGUAACAUCCACAUGUGAGGCAGAUUCUACCUGGACACCUGUCACUAUCCAGUGUCUUUAUGUCAACUGUGCCCAUCCUCCUGCAUUGCUCAACAUAACGUUGUCCAUUGACGGAGUAAACGUGCAACCAUCAGAUGUACCCGGCACGUUUAACACUAUGGUGACCUACAGCUGUAGUGAAUAUAAUGUUUAUUUAAGUGGAUCUCAGAAUUCUGUGUGUCAGUUGAAUUCAAAAUGGUCAAAUGUCACCAUAACAUGUCGCUAUGUCAAGUGUGGUCCUCCUCCCAUGUUACCUUAUACUGAUUUUAUGGUUAAUGGAAAAAUCACAAAUGGGUUGAGUGUACCUGACAAAUUUUGGAGUAAUGUGACUUACAAGUGUAGAAGUGGUUUUACCUCUGAAGGUGGGCCUCACACCUCUUGGUGUCUGAUGGCUUCAAAAUGGUCCAAAGUCUUCAUAGAGUGUUCCGAUGAUGAUUGAUAGAUUUGGGAAGUUUUGGGCGACAUUAUGUUUGUCUGUGCUGAUCGCUGGCUAUUAUUUGACUUACAGGGAUCAAAUUGAACCAUGUUUAAAGUUAAAAUGACAACAGCAUGCAGCAUUGAGGGGAAAAAUACAAUUUCCCACCAGAAGAAAAGUCAAAGAUGAAAACCAACUAUAACACGACUAUUUUGACCAUUUGUCUAUUAUUACCAAUUGUUGAUUCUGUUGACCAUUAUCAGUAAACAUCGUCCACUGCAAUAAAUGCUUAUAAAUUUCAUCACUUGUCUAAACCUUAAAAAUAUUCAUUUACUUGUUUCACUCAUUGCGUUUAGGCCAUGCUGGGGCACCACCAUCAAGACACUUUCUCUAUCUUGUCAAUCCAAUAUUCCAGCUUGGCACUUAUUCUAUCAUUUGCUGUUUGCUGAAUUGCUAAGUUUCGCUUUCACAUAAGGAGCACGACUCAGACACUGGUAAAUCAUAAACACAGAGAUAUAGUGCAU